GACAUCUGGUGGGACCAGGACCGGACAAGGGGAGCAGGUAGGGGGGGUGAGAUCCAAAAACGUUUGUGGUUACAUCGGGGCAUGCAAUGUAGGAUUUUCUUGCAUAUCCUCUCAGAGGAAUAGGUGCUGUCGUUGAACUGUUUGCCUUGAGAUUUGCAAAGGGUUACCGCCAUGCCUUGCUUUCUUGGGUGAUGGAGGUGGUCUGAUUCGCAGCAUUCGCUUCGCUUAAAAGAAAACGUUUUCCCAGUUGCGGAAUCCUGUAAACCACUUGGCAGUGGACGUGCCAACUCGCGUUCUUAUCCAUUAUGGCUAUGUCAAUCCUGCCUGGCGAACUUAUUCUUGACAUUUGUUCCAGGCCAGGUCUUUCCAUCGACGACCUGAAAUGCCUUCGACUAGUCAAUCGCGCCCUUUGCGCCAUCUCGACUCCGCUAACAUUUCGUCGUAUCUACAUUUCCAACUUGCAUAGGGACCUCGAAGCCUUCCAAAAGAUCACGUCUACCCCUCACAUAGCUUCUGUUGUUAGAGAAGUUGUCUUUCUUGAGGUUCCUGAUUUCAUCACAUACGAACAUGAGAUUCGAUACGACAGAACAAACCUAGUCCCAACAUUCUACCGAUUCGCUCUGUGCCAUAGGAUCGCCAACAAUUUCUGCCAGCCUAACGAGCCAUACUUCGCAUCGAUCCAUCCUGACCGACAAACUAGGGCCCUUGUAGAUGCAGUAACAGUCUACUGCCAUCAAUUAAGGUCGAUGUCAAAACUCACCACCUUGGUCGCAGAGCCAAUCAGCAUUACUCGACUGCUAGCCUUCGGGGCCGAUAUAAAACAUCCAUCUGCAGAGGAUCAACAUGACUGCGAAGUUCUCCUCGAGGAUGCGACAGUGGGAGAUUCCUCAUGGCCUGUUGUCGGCUUUCGGGACGUCUUCCCUUCCCUUCUUUCUGGAUCAGAGCUGGAGAUUUCGAGCCUGGCCUGCGGAAAGAUGGGAAUGAAGCUAUUCGAGGAAGGUGAGAGCGUCGAAGAUCUCAUGGCCAGCUUCGAUCCUAGACGCGAGAUGGGUGCGAACAAGUUUGCGAGGCUCACAUCUAUCGACCUGGAGUUUUCCUGGAUGCUGCCUGUCGACCUUCCCCAAUGCCUUGCUGCCGCCACUGGGCUACGGAAAUUGCUUCUACGGAUGCAAAAGAGGGAAGGAUCUGAGUAUCACGCAAUCCGUAUUUUCGGAGAGCUCUCACGUUUAUGCUGGGACAAACUCGAGCACAUGCAGACCAUCAACGUCCCCUUUUCACAUAAAGAUUUGUGUACUUUUGCCGCGCGUCAUCCAAACCUGCGGCGGAUGCGCGUAGACGAAAAAUUCGUCAAUCUUGCUGAGGCCAGGAAAGAAGAAUGUAUGUGCAAAGUAUAUAAUUAGACCUAUGAUAGGAGGCAAGGGCUCGGAGGGCCAUCCUUUGAUCUUCAAUGACCGACCUUCGAUCGUACAAAUACCACGUCUUAUAGUCGAGAUAGCGACGUAAUUCACAAUUACAAAGUUCUCCAAC